CGUUCAUCGACUCGCUCAUGUCGCCGCGCAAGGCAUAAGAAUCUUGCGCACAUGCAGCCUCUGGAAGACUUCCGCUUCUUCCUUAUCCAGCUCAUCUCCAGCCCAGCAUUUCAGCAACUGUUCCCCCUCCUGGUCAUCCUGCUUGUCCCGCUCCUAGUGGUUGCCGCCAACUCUCGUAAAGGCUCGCUCGUAUCGUCCACUUUCAUGGUGUUCGACGCAUUCGCAGGUGCAUUACCAUGGAACUGGUUCGAUAGUCACUCUGGUUCGAGCUCUACUCACGAGAAACGCAAACCCAAGAAGAAGCAUAUCCGUACGAGAGCGGGGCAGGUCAAGCAGGAGCAGCACCAGCUCGAAUCAUUUCCCAAAGUGUCCCAUGAUGCAGGAUACUACCCGGGGCUCGUCAAUAUCUCUGGCACCUACUGCUUCAUGGACUCGACAUUGCAGGCAAUGGCGUCUCUCUGCUAUCUGCAACCUCAAAUAGAGCAAAUCCAUGCUAAGGCCGAAGCGCUGGAUGUACCGACGCCUGUCAUAGAUGCAUUGCGGGACCUUCUACACACGCUCAACACGCCGACUUCCUCUCCUCGAGCGCUACGACCUCUCGACAUUAUCAAUGCGUUAUCCAAUAACUCACCGUCGAAACAUAACACACUCUUCUCUUCACGCGAACACCAAGAUGCCCAGGAACUCUUCCAGCUUCUGUCAGAGUGCAUCAAGAACGAAACUGCUGCUGUCGAGAAAGAAGGGCAUCGAGAUCGCGGCCUCAGCGCACUCGCCCAGGUUCAGGGCCCCGCUAGCCGGGAGCUUGGCAAGAGUGUGUUCGACGGGCUGACCGCUAAUCGACGGAGCUGCGUUGAGUGCGGAUACACCGAGGCCGUCAUGCACUUUGCGUUCGACAACUGGCAGCUCAGCAUGCCUCGUCUAGCGACCCAGUGUCGCCUAGAAGACUGCUUAGACGAUUACACUCGCCUAGAGAUUCUCACCGAUUGCAUCUGCCGAAAGUGCUCUAUGCUCGCGACCUACCGCCGCCUCGAGGUCGAGGCCGAGAAGCUGACCGAGCUCGCGAACGCGGACCAGGAUCCUACAGCGUCCAAGAAGAAACGUGCACGUGAGGCACGGAAGCUGGUCGCUCGCGUGAAGGCAGCGCUCGAUGAUGGCCGGAUCGAGGAAGAUAUCAAGGGCGUGAAGAUGGAGAAGGUGUUCAGUCGGGCUUCGACGAAGCAGGCUAUGAUCGCUCGGCCGCCUCGCGUGCUUGCUCUCCACUUGAAUCGUUCAGUGCACUAUGGCCACUACGCCUCCAAAAACACUUGCCGCGUGCUCUUUCCAGACGUGCUCGAUCUCACCCAUACACGACCUCGGCAACUCUCUACCAGCCCUCUCAAGCGACGGUGCGAGCGAUACGGUCCUGUUCGGGACGACGAGGACGAGCCGCCCAAGACAGGACGCGGAUGGCUGCGCAUCAGCGACGACAGCGUGGUCGAGAUCGGGAUUGAGAACGUGUUGCAGGAGGGCGUGGGCGCGUUCAUGAUCUUCUACGAGCGGGUGGCUAUGCCGCGGCAGAGUGUCUACUUGUCGAACUCGCCACGCAGCUCGGAGGAGACUGUCCGUCCAGAGUGUGUGCAUGCGAAUGGGUCUUGUGCUUCCUUGGCCAAUGGUGAUGCAGCGGAGGAGGUCAAGGUUAUGAAACCGAUCCCGAAGAUCGUUGGGCCGAGGGUCAUCCAUAGGGUAUCGGCUCAGCCAUCGUCGAGGAGCUCGUCGCUGUCACCACCUGAGCGUGAUCCAAUUCCUCGUCCAGUGACACAAGCACUGGCCUCAACUUCCGUGGUAUCCGAGAAGUCAUUGCCGAAUGGACAUGCUGCACCGUCAGGGAAGAAUCAUGUACCAUCAACCAUGCCGUCGGAGGAUACUCAACCAGCUCUGGUACGCCCUGCAUCUCCCCAGCAGCAGAUUGCAUCUCCAACACCACACAUACUAUCGCCGCCGUCCAUCUCGUCUCCGACGGAGCCGCCUCCCUCGCCGUCGAUAGCGGUCGAUCUACGCGCAUAACAUAGCUCUGCUGGCAUCCGCCAUAAUUCUGUAUCACUAGCCCCACUCCGCACCUACACAUGUCGAGAUUCGCCGAGUUAAUUUAUGCAUGGUCUUCAUGUCGCAUUGUCGUUGUACUGCCCGUCUAUCACCACUCAGCCGGACGUUCCAGUAGGGAAUAGAAUGACAGCCAUUGGG